AUGUGGAAUACAACAGCAAGCCACCAAGCUGUGGAAUACAACAGCAAGCCACCAAGCUGUGGAAUACAACAGCAAGCCACCAAGCUGUGGAAUACAACAGCAAGCCACCAAGCUGUGGAAUACAACAGCAAGCCACCAAGCUGUGGAAUACAACAGCAAGCCACCAGGGUGUGGAAUACAACAGCAAGCCACCAAGCUGUGGAAUACAACAGCAAGCCACCAGGGUGUGGAAUACAACAGCAAGCCACCAAGCUGUGGAAUACAACAGCAAGCCACCAGGGUGUGGAAUACAACAGCAAGCCACCAGGCAGUGGAACACAACAGCAAGCCACCAGGCAGUGGAACACAACAGCAAGCCACCAAGCUGUGGAAUACAACAGCAAGCCACCAAGCUGUGGAAUACAACAGCAAGCCACCAAGCUGUGGAAUACAACAGCAAGCCACCAGGCUGUGGAAUACAACAGCAAGCCACCAGGCUGUGGAAUACAACAGCAAGCCACCAGGCUGUGGAAUACAACAGCAAGCCACCAGGCUGUGGAAUACAACAGCAAGCCACCAGGAUGUGGAACACAACAGCAAGCCACCAGGCUGUGGAACACAACAGCAAGCCACCAGGCUGUGGAACACAACAGCAAGCCACCAGGCUGUGGAACACAACAGCAAGCCACCAGGCUGUGGAAUACAACAGCAAGCCACCAGGCUGUGGAAUACAACAGCAAGCCACCAGGAUGUGGAAUACAACAGCAAGCCACCAGGCUGUGGAAUACAACAGCAAGCCACCAGGAUGUGGAAUACAACAGCAAGCCACCAGGAUGUGGAAUACAACAGCAAGCCACCAGGGUGUGGAAUACAACAGCAAGCCACCAGGCUGUGGAAACACAAAUCGAAUGUUAG